AUGCUGGAGUGUAAACACAAGAAUGCAGAUCAUGAGAACGAACUUGAUGAUAUGGAUAUGCAGGUCAAACGUGGAAGAUAUUUAGAUGAGGUAGAAGCUUUGCGUCCCCAGAGUGUGGAUCAAUCAUUUUUGUUAACUAUGGAGAUAAAGAAAAAGAAAGAAGCCUACACUUCUUACAAAAAGCUGAAUCCCAAUGUAUAUUUAUGCAAAAGGAUCAAUCUUACAACUGCUGGCAGUGCUCUUAACCAAAACCACCUUGAAGAUGAGACUAACUCAAUGGAACAACAUGAGAGACCGUUCAUCUCAAGUUAUUACUUAGGUCCAAUCACAAGAGCUAGGGCUAAAGAGUUGGCUCGUAUCAAUUUGGUAUCAGAGACUCUCGAUCCGAUGACGGACAGCACAGCAAUCGCGGCGCAGCUUGCACUAAUCAUUGAGCGUUUGGACAGUCUUACAGCGGAGACCAAAGCUCUUAGGGAAGACUCGGUGAGCCAAAAAGAUACUCUUGACAAGCUAGUUGCAGCUCAAGAGAAAGAACCUGCGUCUCCUGGAAAACAACAAGCAAAAAGUGACUCAAUCCAUGGUCCAGCGGUGAAGUUUACCACAGAGGAUCUGUCUGAAGUCGAGUUCUUUAGCGGCACCAAGAAAAACAGAGGUGUUUCUUCUCACGCUGCAAAACCAGGAGGCGCCUGGCAGAAUCAGUUUCAAGGUCAAGAACAGAUACAUCGACACACAGAUGGUGGUGGUGAUUGGCAGGUUAAGCCAAUUGGAGUCGAAUCUCCUCAGGGCUAUUCUCAAAGUGAUUUUCGUGCUCAAGAGAAACGCCAAUGGACUGCAAAAGACGAUGCCUGUGACGACGGAGACAUCGAGAACGUCAAGCGUAUUGUUCCAGCAAUAAAGAUGGAGUUUCCAUCCUAUGAUGGAACAACUAAUGCGAUUGAAUGGCUGCAAAAGUGUGAAGAUUACUUUGAGGAUCAACGAGUGUUUAGUGAUGAAGCACGAGUUCGUCAAGCAACCUUUGUCUUAACAGGAAGAGCAUACCACUGGUAUCAUAAUCUCAGACGCUUGGUAACACAGAAGUUAAGCUGGUUUGAAUUCAAAAAGAUUUGCAAGAGCCGUUUUGGCAAAGCAGACUCAGUCAAUCCCGUAGGAGAGUUGUCUAAUCUGAGACACACAGGAACCGUAGAUGAUUACUGUAGUCAGUUUGAAGAGUGUCUUGGGCGACAAACAAAGCUGACAGGAGAUCAACAACUCUGGCAAUUUUGUGCAGGGUUGACUGAUAGUUUAAGGAAGGAGGUUGAAUACCUACGUCCAGAGACAAUCUUUAAAGCAAUGGAGUAUGCACGGGAUAAUGAGUAUAAGAUUGAUAACGACAGAAGAACUCGGUCAUUUAGAGGACAUCUAGCUCCAACAACUAGAUCAAUGAUGGCCAUGAACAACGGGAAUGACACAGAAACGGUGAUACCUCAACAAGAAGCAAAAAAGGCACCACCGAGGAAAUAUUUGAAGAAGUUAACUGUGGAAGAAAUGGCAGAGCGAAAAGCUAAAGGACUUUGCUUCAAUUGUGAUGAGCUCUUCACGCGAGAUCAUGUUUGUAAUCCAAUGCUUUUUCAUAUUAUGCCGGUCAGGGAUGGAGACAAUCAAGAAGAUGAACCAUUUGAUGAAGAAAACUGGAAGGAUGAAUAA